AGUACCGGGAGUUAACAUGGCUUCGAAACAACUGUUCGAGAGUUGGACCGAGGAGGUAAUUUGUCCCAUCUGCCUGGAUUUCUUCACCGAUCCGGUGUCACUGGAGUGUGGACACAACUUCUGCCGCUCCUGCAUCACACAGUGUUGGGAAAGGGAGGAGAGAAACUCCUGCCCGGAAUGUAGAGAGGAGAUUGCAGACCGCACCCUCAGGGUCAGUCGGGCUUUAGCAAAUCUGUCUGAGAAAGCUCGGAAACUAAACCUGAAUCCGAAAGGGAAGGAAAGUAAACUUCACUGCGAGGAACAUGAGGAAGAACUGAAGCCGUUUUGUGAGACGGACGACACACUGAUCUGCCUGAUCUGUGCGACUGCGCGGGAACACAAGUCUCACAACUUCAUGCCGGUUAAGGAAGCCGCUGAAAUCUACAAGGAUCGGGUUAAAUCUUCCUUGGACUCUCUCGCAAAAAAGAAAUCAGACUUUCAGGAAAUGGAACAGCAACAGAAAGAGAAGAUUUCUGGAGUUCGGGAACAGUCACAAAGCGUUCAGUCCCACAUCACAUCCCAGUUUGAUGAACUGCGCCGGAUUCUCACCAAGAAAGAGCAGCGUGCACUCCGAGAUCUCAGAGAAGAAGAGGAGAGGAUUCUGAAUCCAAUGGAGAAAAAUCUUCGCGAGAUUCAAGAGAAACUAAAUUCUAUUCAGGAGGAAAUCUCAAAGUUACAGGAACAGAUGGAUCAACAAGACAAUAUCAUAUUCCUCAUGGAGGAAGCUCGUUGGAAGAGGAGGAUUAGUGAUGAUACCCAGACAUUGUCAGUGACAGAUGGUGCCCUAUUGGUUGAAAAAUUCGAUCACCCCUAUUUGCUCGACAUAGCAUCGGAAGAAGUGAUUGGCGACAUUAAACACGUCUCUGUCACCCUGGAUGUGGAAACGGCGAAUUCGCUGCUCGAGGUGUCUGAGGAUCGGAAGAGUGUGAGACGGACCGGGACCCGGAGGAAUCUCCCUGACACAUGGAAGAGGUUCACAGACUGGCUUUGUGUGCUGGGAUCGGAGGGAUUCACAUCGGGGAGACAUUACUGGGAGGCGGAGGUGACGGGGAAUCGGCGCUGGGGUCUGGGAGUCGCCGCAGAGUCUGUGAAGAGGAAGGGAGGGGUCAAAGUGAGUCCGGAGACCGGAUUCUGGAUCAUCGGGCGGGUUGAUGACGUGUUCGGGGUUCUCACCUCCCCUGAGUCCCGUCUCCCUGCCGGUCCCAUCCCCGGGAGGGUGGGAGUUUAUCUCAGUUACGAGUCCGGGACAGUUUCAUUUUACAACGCGGAGACCAAGUCCCAUCUCCACACCUUCACUGGGAAUAAAUUCACGGAGAAACUUUAUCCUUCCUUCGGGCCUUGGGAUACAAACCAGUGGCUGAGAAUCUGCUCCGGUUCUGCUCCGGGACUGUAAACGGGUCGGGUCCGGGACCGCUGUCAGGAGUCAGUCAGUGUAAAUAUAAAUGUGCAGAGAGUGAAAUAAACACAAUGUGAGAAUUAUCGAUCCAUUAAUUUUAACUCGUUCACCGCGUCCGUCAAUGGAACAGAAACACUGCGGAUUCAGCAGCAGCCGCGUGCGGCGGGUCCUGAGCUCCCCGGCUCCCCCAGUUCCAAAAGUCCACCGGGACUGACAGGGUAACUGGGACAAGUGGUGGUGGUGCUGACUGGGAGAGGGAGGUCAGGGUGAAUCUUGGUAACACGGGACAUGUGGUGGUGGUAACACACAAAGUGCCGGGGUCUGCCAACGUGUCCGGUAACAUCUCUGGAGGGAAAUGGGCAGGGGUGGAUCCAGGU